AUGGAGGAAGAGGAUGGAGCAGGAUCUGCAGCAUCCAGCUGUGUGUCUGUGAGGAGUGACUGGUCCAAAGAACAACCUCCACAGUUCAGUAAUGAACCUGCAGCAACAAUAGUGGAGCAGGAGGGAGCAGAGGUUUCCACUGGUCAGUCUGCACAGCAACAUCAAACACACCUGGACUCUGUGGUUAUGCGGCUGGAGGACAACAUCACCAUGUUUGUGAAGAACGAGCUGAAGAAGAUCCAGAAGCUUCUGAGUCCAGAUCACCCAGAAACUUUAAAGAGCCAGAUGGAGGAUGAGGAGAUGUUUGGAGGUGAGGAUGAAGAUGAAAGAAAGAGCUGCAGAGAAGCAUUUCUGAAGAUCACACUCCACUUCUUGAGGAGACUUAAGCAGCAUGAGAUGGCUGACCAUCUGCAGAGCAAAAUAUUUGCUUCACUCCGUAAACGUGAACUUAAAGCCCAACUGAAGAAGAAGUUCCAGUGUGUGUUUGAGGGCAUCGCUAAAGCAGGAAGCCCAACCCUCCUGAAUCAGAUCUACACAGAGCUCCACAUCACAGAGGGAGGGACUGCAGAGGUCAAUGAUGAACAUGAGGUCAGACAGAUUGAAACAGCAUCCAGGAAACCAGACAGAGCAGAAACAACCAUCAGACACGAAGACAUCUUUAAAGUCUCACCUGGAAGAGACGAACCAAUCAGAACAGUGCUGACAAAGGGAGUGGCUGGCAUUGGGAAAACAGUCUUAACACAGAAAUACAGCCUGGACUGGGCUGAAGACAAAGCCAACCAGGACAUCCAGUUCAUAUUUCCAUUCACUUUCAGAGAGCUGAAUGUGCUGAAAGAGGAAAAGUUCAGCUUGGUGGAACUUGUUCAUCACUUCUUUAAUCAAACUAACCAAUCAGGAAUCUGCAGGCUUGAAGACUUCCAGGUUGUGUUCAUACUUGAUGGUCUGGAUGAGUGUCGACUUAAUUUGGACUUCAAGAAAACUAAAAUCCUGACUGAAACAAGAAAGUCCACCUCAUUGGAUGAGCUGCUGACAAACCUCAUCAGAGGGAACCUGCUCCCUUCUGCUCGCCUUUGGAUAACAACACGACCUGCAGCAGCCUAUCAGAUCCCUCCUCAGUGUGUCGACAUGGUGACAGAGUGUGCUGUGGACAAGGCCUUACAGAGCCCCAAUGGACACCUGGACUUGUUCCUUCGUUUUCUCUUGGGUCUGAAGACUAAUCAAACUCGUUUGCAAGGCCUGAUGACACAGACAGGAAGUAGCGCACAGACCAAUCAAGAAGCAGUCAAGUACAUCAAGAAGAAGCUCAAUAAACUGUCUCCUGCUCAGUGGUCAGCUCUGGUCUUCAUCUUACUGUCAUCAGAAAAAGAUCUGGAUGAGUUUAACCUGCAGAAAUGCUUUGGUUCAGAGGAGGCUCUUCUGAGGCUGCUGCCAGUGGUCAAAGUCUCUAAAAAAGCUCUGUAA